AGGGGUAUUUAAGGCCAAUGCACGCCCCAGAGGGGUAUUUAAGACCAAUGCAGUCCCUAGAGGGGUAUUUAAGGCCAAUGCACUCCCUAGAGGGGUAUUUAAGGCCAAUGCACGCCCCAGACGGGUAUUUACGGUCAAUGCACUCCCUAGAGGGGUAUUUAAGGCCAAUGCACGCCCCAGAGGGGUAUUUAAGACCAAUGCACGCCCUAGAGGAGUAUUUAAGGCCAAUGCACACCCCAGAGGGGUAUUUACGGUCAAUGCACUCCCUAGAGGGGUAUUUAAGGCCAAUGCACGCCCCAGAGGGGUAUUUAAGGCCAAUGCACGCACCAGAGGGGUAUUUAAGGCCAAUGUACGCCCCAGAGGGGUAUUUAAGGCCAAUGCACGCCCCAGAGGGGCAUUUAAGGCCAAUGCACGCCCCAGAGGGGUAUUUAAGGCCAAUGCACUCCCUAGAGGGGUAUUUAAGGUCAAUGCACUCCCUAGAGGGGUAUUUAAGGCCAAUGCAUGCCCCAGAGGGGUAUUUAAGACCAAUGCACUCCCUAGAGGGGUAUUUAAGGCCAAUGCACUCCCUAGAGGGGUAUUUAAGGCCAAUGCACGCCCCAGAGGGGUAUUUAAGACCAAUGCACUCCCUAGAGGAGUAUUUAAGGCCAAUGCACGCCCCAGAGGGGUAUUUAAGGUCAAUGCACUCCGUAGAGGGGUAUUUAAGGCCAAUGCACGCCCCAGAGGGGUAUUUACGGUCAAUGCACUCCCUAGAGGGGCAUUUAAAGCCAAUGCACGCCCCAGAUGGGCAUUUAAGGCCAAUGCACGCCCCAGAGGGGUAUUUAAGGUCAAUGCACGCCCCAGAGGGGUAUUUAAGGUCAAUGCACGCCCCAGAGGGGCAUUUAAGGUCAAUGCACGCCCCAGAGGGGUAUUUAAGGCCAAUGCACGCCCAAGAGGGGUAUUUAAGGUCAAUGCACGCCCAAGAGGGGUAUUUAAGGUAGACGCACUCACCUGACCAGAACUGAGGCAUUGGAAUUGAAUGAGCACCGCGACGCAUGCGUGCGCCCGUCGCUCAGUGGUGCGCAUGUGCGUACCGUUUUUUUUCAGCAACGCGCAUGCCCCCUCACGGCAGGGGCGGCGCCCUCUCGCUGCCGAUUGGAGAGGAGACCCGCCCAUCCAGAGCCGCGGGCCAAUCGGAACGGGCCAGGGCCCUCCGGGUGGGACCCGCGUCCCCGCCCCUGGGACGGCGGCCGCGCAGGGACAGAAAGGGCGAGGGCGGGAGGAGGAACGCGAAACGGAUUCGAAACGAAGCCGAGCUGCAGGCUCCCAGGCCAUUCAGCCCAUCCAGCUUUCUGCUGGCCACGAAGCAGGAAGCCUUUACAGCACAGAGAGAGAGAGAGAGAUAGGCC